UUCCGCUCUACACGAUCCUUUCUACCCGUGACCAGACGAGCCGUGCGAACGCGGUCUGGUUAGGUUUAACGUCUGAUGCGUGAAAAAUAAUAGGAAGGACACGAGAUGUCGUUAUCAACGGCGAGACCACUUGUUACGGUCUACAGCGAUAAGAAUGAGGCAUCGGGUGACACAAUUUCCCUGCCGUCUGUCUUCAAGGCACCGAUUCGUCCCGACAUUGUGAAUGACGUGCACCAGCUGAUCUCUACGAACCGCAGACAACCGUACUGCGUUUCUAAAGAGGCUGGUCAUCAAACCUCUGCGGAAUCAUGGGGUACUGGACGUGCCGUGGCCCGUAUACCUCGUGUACGCGGCGGCGGUACUCACCGUUCCGGGCAGGGUGCCUUCGGUAACAUGUGCCGAGGCGGGCGCAUGUUUGCUCCUACCAAGCCGUGGCGACGUUGGCAUCAUCGUGUCAAUGUCAAUCAGAAACGUUAUGCUCUCGUUUCUGCCAUCGCCGCCUCUGGUGUCCCUGCACUCGUGCAAUCUAAAGGACACUUGAUCCAGGAGGUCCCGGAAUUUCCGCUGGUGGUUUCCGAUAAGAUUCAAGAAUACACGAAAACUAAGCAGGCCGUCAUCUUUUUGAGACGCAUCAAGGCUUGGAAUGAUAUCCAAAAGGUGUAUAAAUCUCAACGUUUUCGUGCUGGUAAAGGUAAAAUGCGAAAUCGCCGACGCAUUCAGCGACGUGGACCACUGAUUGUAUAUGGCAAUGAUCAGGGCAUCCGUAAAGCAUUCCGUAAUAUCCCCGGCGUCUCUCUGAUGAACAUCAACAAGAUGAAUCUGCUGAAGUUGGCACCUGGUGGCCACGUUGGACGCUUCGUAAUCUGGACGAAGUCCGCUUUUGAGCAGUUGGACGCCCUUUACGGAACCUGGCGUAAAGAGUCACAGCUUAAGAAAGGAUAUAACUUGCCGUUCCCUAAAAUGGCCAACACGGAUCUGUCCAGACUUCUGAAGUCCGAGGAAAUCCGCAAAGUCUUGAGAGCUCCUAGGAAGAAGGUGGUGCGUAGAGUUAAGAAACUGAACCCGUUGACCAACACGCGGGCUAUGCUGCGUCUCAAUCCGUAUGCCGCAGUCCUGAAACGCGCCGCCAUCCUGACCGCGCAGAAGCGCCAGCGCGAGAGAACAGUUCUUCUCGCUAAGAAACGAGGCGUGGAAUUGCGGAAGAAAUCGCGAACGGCGAGGACCAUCGCGCUUCUGACGAGAAGGAAAAAGCAGCUGGCUCAGCACAAGAAGAGCGUGAAGAAGACCCCGAAAGUUAAAGCUGACAAAGAUACUACGAAAACCGCUGCCCCUGCCAAGCAGCCAACUAAAAAGUAAACAACAAGCGAUUACCAACAAUCGACACUGUUGUUGACUCAUAAUUUUUAUCUCUGUCUUAAAUAAAUGGCGGAAAAUUAUAA